CCUAAAAGACGUGAGGCAUGCUGUGAUUGGUCGACAGUGCUCUCCCAGUCUAGCUUGACAAAAAACGUCAUACGCACCCGUUCGGUCCGUUUCCACGCGGACCAGAGAAUACGAACCCAGCCAGAUAGCUUUUUGCUCUGUUUUGGUCCCAGAAACCAUAACACUCCAGAAAAAAGAUGUCUAAAGGAACAGUGGUCUUGGCUUACAGCGGAGGGCUGGACACGUCGUGUAUCCUUGUGUGGCUGAAAGAAGAAGGCUAUGAUGUCAUCGCCUACCUGGCCAACAUUGGGCAGGAUGAGGACUUUGAGGCUGCGCAGAAGAAAGCUGAGAGUCUAGGGGCGAAAAAGGUGUUCAUCGAGGACCUGCGAGUGGAGUUUGUGGAGGAGUUCAUCUGGCCGUCGUUGCAAGCCAGCGCCAUCUAUGAGGACCGCUACCUGCUGGGGACCUCGGUGGCGCGACCCUGCAUCGCCCGCAGGCAGGUGCAGAUAGCCCGCCAGGAAGGGGCUCAAUAUGUCUCCCAUGGCGCUACGGGAAAGGGAAAUGACCAAGUUCGCUUUGAGCUGACCUGCUACGCUCUCUACCCUGAGGUUAAGAUCAUCGCUCCCUGGAGGAUCCCAGAAUUCUACAACCGUUUCAAGGGUAGGAAGGACCUGAUGGACUACGCUGAGAAACAUGGCAUCCCAGUGCCUGUCACUCCAAAAGCCCCUUGGAGCAUGGAUGCCAACCUCAUGCACAUCAGCUACGAGUCCGGUAUUCUGGAAAACCCAAAGAGCCACGCUCCAUCCGACCUCUACCUAAUGACCAAGAACCCAGAAGACAGUCCCAGCUCCCCGGAUGUGAUUGAGCUCGAGUUUAGAAAAGGUGUGCCAGUCAAGGUGUCCCAUCUGAGCGACGGCAAAUCCAAGGACACGCCCCUCGAGAUCUUCACCUACCUCAACGAGAUUGGAGGGAAGCAUGGUGUCGGCAGGAUCGAUAUCGUGGAGAAUCGCUUCAUCGGCAUGAAGUCCAGAGGUAUUUAUGAGACCCCUGGAGGCACCAUCCUGCACCACGCUCACCUUGACAUCGAGGCCUUCACCAUGGACAGGGAGGUGCGGCGCAUCAAGCAGGGCCUGGGCAUCCGCUUCUCCGAGCUCCUCUACAACGGGUUCUGGUACAGCCCAGAGUGUGAUUUUGUGCGCCACUGCAUCGACAAGUCUCAGGAGAGCGUAGAGGGCAAGGUGCAGCUGUCUGUCUUUAAGGGCCAGGUCUACAUCCUGGGCAGAGAGUCCCCCAAAUCUCUCUACAAUGAAGAGCUGGUCAGUAUGGAUGUGCAGGGAGACUACGAUCCCUGUGAUGCCUCUGGGUUCAUUAAGAUCAAUGCUGUCAGGCUCCGGGAGCACCAUCGUUUGCAGGGCGACGCUGCCUCAAAGAAGUGAGACUCACAAGCCUAGAAUCAGCCUCUUUAUCUCUAGCCUCGCAUGUGCCUGGUAGAUAGUUCUUCCAAACCCAUCAGUGGCUAAAUACUUGCGUGAUGAAAAACCUACUGCAUGGCAUUGAUAGGCGGAAUGGUUUGGUUGAAUUCCUACCAAGUAUCCUGUUCUCCUAGUCAGCUUUUUGUCAUUUGUAGUGGUAAUGUGGUAGUCUGAUCCCUUUAAAUGAAUGAGAAUGGAUUGUUUGUCUGACCCAAUUAAAUGAAAUAUUGAGAAACCA